AUGGCCACAAUCAAGCCCAUCGAGGGCCGCACAAUUCACCAGAUCCAAUCUGGUCAAGUCAUUGUUGAUCUGUGCUCCGUCGUCAAGGAGCUCGUAGAAAACAGCAUCGACGCCGGUGCUACAAGCAUAGAUGUACGCUUCAAGAACCAGGGUUUGGACUCCAUAGAGGUCCAGGAUAAUGGCGAGGGAAUCUCAUCAGACAACUACGAGUCGAUUGCCUUGAAGCACUACACUUCAAAGCUUGCAAGCUACUCUGAUCUGGCUACUCUCCAGACCUUCGGCUUCCGCGGCGAAGCCUUGUCAUCUUUAUGUGCCUUGUCUCAAUUCAGCAUUGUCACCUGCAUGGCACAGGAUGUUCCCAAAGGCACAAGGCUCGAGUUCGAGUCAUCGGGAAAGCUCAAGGAAAUCCAUGUGGUCGCCGCCCAGAAGGGCACCAACGUCAUCGUCGGGAACCUAUUUCACAACCUUCCUGUACGCCGCCGCGAGCUCCAACGCAACGUCAAGAGAGAAUGGAACAAGGUCAUCGCAUUGCUGAACCAGUAUGCUUGUAUCCAGACUGGCGUCAAGUUUUCCGUUUCCCAACAACCUACCAAGGGAAAACGUAUAAUCCUCUUCUCCACAAAGGGCAAUCCCACCACGCGAGAGAAUCUGGUCAACAUCUUCGGCGCCAAGACGAUGACGGUUCUGGUGAGACUCGAUCUCUCCCUUCAGUUCGAGCCCACCGCUAGGCCGGGCCUGAAAUCUACUAAUCAAGACGAGCAAACUUCCACAAAGGUCCAAGUCCAGGGUUACGUGAGUCGUCCGGCCCACGGAGAGGGCCGUCAGACCCCUGAUCGACAAAUGUUCUUCGUCAAUGGCAGACCGUGCGGCCUUCCUCAGUUCGCAAAGGUCUUCAAUGAGGUGUAUAGGGCUUACAACGCCUCUCAGUCGCCCUUCAUACUGGCUGAUAUCCAACUUGAUACGCACUUGUAUGAUGUCAACGUCAGCCCGGAUAAACGGACAAUCAUGCUACAUGAUCAGAAUCGCAUGUUGGAGAAUAUGAAGGAGGCCUUGUCGUCGCUUUUCGAAUCCCAAGACUACUCCAUUCCGUCCGCACAGCAGCCAAUACAAAUAACACAGGCAGCCAGGGCGACCCCCGUUCUCGAGAACGACGGUGACGAUGAUGAUGCACCUUCGAACCAAGCACCAGCACCCCCGGCGAAGCAGACGAGUCCAAAUGACGAAGACGACAUUAGCUCUGAGGAUGAUGACGAACAAUUCCAUUCACGCACCAAGCCACCACGCAAACCUCGUCAGAGGAAACCACAACAGCUCACAACAGCAGAGCUACAGUCCCAGAGUUUAAUGAGCCGGUGGGUUGGACGAGCAGCCGACAGUCGUGCUUUGCAACGGGGAAGGGAGAUAGGAUCCGAAGAGCCUGUCGCCGAAGAUAGUGGCGAGAAGGCUCCGGCUACUGAUUCUGAUCCUGGUGCGUCCAACUCAGAGGAUGGCGUGGCAGCGGAGGCUGCCGAAACCACUUCUUUCAAGACGCCGCGACAGGUUCUCGACUUCAAUGCCCGGCUUUCAGACGCCCACCAAGACCACGAAGCUGAUGCUCCACAGGAGAAUGUCUCGCAGUCUUCUGACGAUGGCACCGAAAGUAGACAAGCCCGAAUUCCUGCUAUGACACCUAUUAGAACACCAAGAGUUGACCCUCUUAUGUCUUCAUCUAUUCCACGGCUACCUAAGCGGUCAGCCCUAGAAGUUGCAACCGUAUCUAUUGGAGAAAGUACCGUCACCAGCUCCGUAGAGCCGACCCCGAAGAGAACAAGACACGAGCCGACCUCAUCGCUGAGUUCAACGGCUGCUCAUUCACCAUUGAGCACAACUGCGGCGAAGUCCUCCUUUGGCUCGAGGCUGACCCAGAUGUUCUCUGCGAGCAAUGCAGCGAGACAGAAAGGGUUUGCCAGGACGAGCACAGAUCUGUCAGAAAACCCCAGCGAAGGUGCCGGCGCAGAGUCAGAUGAUGGUAGGGAAAGCGAUGACAGCUCAGAGGAGAGGGCGCCUGCGGACGAGGCCAUGGCCAGUCAGGACGAUGGAUUUGAAUCUGCUUCCGAUAGACCCGAAGCGUUAUCAAGUCCAACACAUCUACCCCAUGCAAACGUGUCGAGCCGCAACAAGACCCCGGUGCCGGUCACAGCGAACGAGGAAAGUCUAAAGGACGAAGCAACGGCGCAGACUAUGUUCGCAGAUUCCCGGUCGAAUGCUCUUAAAGGGGGGACCAGGCGAAAGGAUGCAACUCUACAGCAGAGGCAAAAUGUCAAGAUUCACACAAACGAUUUGCAGUCUCGCAUCGAAUCUUGGGAGGCAGAGCUACGGCGCACCACCCAUCACCGAGGCCGGCAGUCCAAAACCUCCGGCAUCGAGGAUCUCAAGGCUGAGGAUGCGGAAGCAGCCCUGUCCUUGAUCAUAUCAAAGUCGGAUUUCGCAAAGAUGACCAUUGUCGGCCAGUUCAAUCUCGGCUUCAUCAUCGCAGUUCGGCACGCGGCCAGAGACGGAGACGGGGACGCAGUUGGGGACGAUGAGCUCUUCAUCAUCGACCAACAUGCGUCGGACGAAAAGUACAACUUUGAGAGGCUGCAGUCCACAACGGUGGUCCAGUCUCAGAGAUUGGUGCACCCGAAGCAGCUAGAACUCACAGCCCUGGAGGAAGAGAUUGUCAUGGAAAACGUCGCGGCCUUGGACGUCAACGGCUUCAAGGUCAGCGUAGACAGCUCGGGCGACCAGCCCGUGGGAGCGAGGUGUAAGCUCCUCGCGCUACCCCUCAGCCGCGAGACAACAUUCACACUGUCCGACCUCGAGGAGCUCAUAUCUCUGCUAAGCGAACACCACCUUACCGAGGUCAGCAGCGCCCCUCGGCCGUCCAAAGUGCGGUCCAUGUUCGCCAUGAGGGCGUGUCGCAGCAGCGUCAUGAUUGGCAAGGCUCUGGCGCAACGACAGAUGGAGAAGCUGGUCCGUCACAUGGGUGAGUUGGAUAAGCCGUGGAAUUGCCCGCAUGGACGGCCGACGAUGAGGCAUCUCACCGGGCUUGGUUCCUGGGAUGAUAUGGGGUGGAAGGAAAACGAGCCUCGUGUCGACUGGGCCAAGUAUGUCCAAGCAUAA